AUGAUCGCAGCUCUUACUUCGCCAACGACGUCUACGACCAAACGGGCACAGCUUACACUCCGUUGGCAGAUUAGCCGCGCCGGAUACCGACGGAGGGUUGCUUUGGACUUUUGUCGGUUGCAUUUUGCCCAGAAGACCUCGGCUCACCCUCCUACGGUCGUGAUGACGACAUGCCGGUAUCAUUCAGAUGAGGGAGUCUUCCAAGCCCAGCUUCUCUUGUUUCCACGGCAUCUUUCACUCUUUCAUCCAUAA